AUGAGGUUGUGGCAGACGAGAGCGAUUAUGCGAUGCCUGGCAGCGGCAACCUGUUUGACAGCGACUAUGAGCUUGGUGCAGCAUUCAACGGCUCGCCAGGCAAACUUUGCCACUACAUUUGAGACAGCGUAUGGAAGCAUGCGCGGCAGCCCUGGCUUCGACAGUGGCUUUUCCUCUGCAGUCAAUGUCGCUGCGGGACGUUCUAGUCAGACAAUGCCCGGAGCCGCGGCGUCCUGCGUGACAUUCCAGUCGGUAGUAUCAUCGGCAGCUGACCAGCAGCACAAUGCAGGUGGCGAAACUGUUCUUGCGACGCUUCAUGCCAACACUGGGUUCCUGAGCACCGCCUCGAUACUCAACGCUGCCGCGGUCCAGAUGUCGCGUACAGGUACCAGCUUUGGCGCUAGCCGGCUUGGUGGCGGGUCAUUUGACAAGGGAUUGCUGUGGGAGGCUCUGGCUCCCUACCCGAAUCAGUUCCCACUGCACAUCAAGGACUCGCGCACAAUCAUCGACACUGUCUCGCUCAUAUCGAUGGUUCUUGACCGCCACCACUUUUGCUAUCGUUUCCAAAUGGGCCCAAACAAGAUGCGGUGGGUCGCCAAGCGUGUCAGGAAGCACCAGCUGGCUCUUUUGUGCUAUGUCCGCAACACCAUCAUCGCCGAGAUCUUUGUCGACUAUGAGAAGGGAUAUUCGCCCUACGGCUCGGCGUUAGGUCCUGGCGGAAUUGGGCUGUCCAGCAAUGCAGCCAGCGGUGAGUCUACGCCCAAUGGACCAGGCACCGAUAGCACUGCUGUGGAUGUCGACGACGGGAUGUAUCCAGUCAUCACCAUCCUGCCUACUGCAUUCAGCCAGCUGGGUUUGUUCGAUGCUGAUGUGGUCGAAUCCUUUAUCAUUUUUUCGGGCAUGCAGAUGCUAGAGUGCCUGCACCUCUAA